UGUGAUAUGAGCCGCGGCCAGGAUUCUUAUCGAGGACGGACAUUAGCGACACGACCAUCCCACCUUUGCUGGAUCCCAUCCCCACCAAUGAUACCAAUUAAUUCCAAAUCAUUGCAAGCUAUGUGUCAACGGUUAUGACGGCGCUGUUUCCCAAUUACUAUCCUGCACUCCGGCCGCUGAAGUUCUCAAUAGCCGGAAGUUUCAAUGACUGGAGAUGUCCGCUAACGAGGCGGAGUGUCUAAGAACUGUACUUUCCUGCGCACGAUGCCGCAGAAGGAAGAUCAAGUGUGAUCGUUUGGUGCCUGUUUGCUCCCGAUGCAAGACUGCUAGAUCAGCUUGUACGGCGUUCAAUCCACGAGGCGACACAGAGAUUCCAAGAAGCAUCGUCCACUUCCUCGAGCAUGAGAUCGCGACUCUAGAGAAGGAAUUCAAUGGAGGGGACUUGGUAGGAGAAUUCGAGUCUCCUCGUGAACCAGGACAAUUAUCCCAGACGCAACAGAACUUUGACAUUGGGCGGAGUCCAGCGUUACAGGAUGCGGCGGAAGUAGACGUUGCUCCUCUUGCUGGAGUCAUCAAAGAUCCUAUGAGGAGAGCCAUUGUGGGCAGUGUUGAGCUUCAGAGCAUGAUUGGAGCCACGAUGCCAGCCGGGACAUGUCUCACGGACAUGAUCUCCAAUGUGAGGAUGGGGUUGACGCCGUCAUACACGCCAUCUUCACCAACAGCAACACCGAUUCAGUGUUCUGUCACCGCCAAACAAGACGAUGAGUAUUCUGUUGAUGCGUCAAUACUUGUCCAACUUCCAGGUCACGUCGUCAACAGCCUCGUUAAGAAGUACAUUCAACGUGUCCUUCCCAUGUACCCUUUCUUGCACGAGCCUACCGUCUGGGGCCAUGUUCAACGAGCAAUCAAUAAACUUCCUGUUCAAGAAGUAGGACAAUCAACCCUUUCGGUUAGGCCUGACUAUGACUUUUUGAUAACCUACUUGAUACUUGCUAUCUCUGCGACUCUGGGCAGUGCAAACAGUGGCCAUGAAGCUCGAUGUAUGGCGUUCUCUGGAUCAUUGUUUACCGAAGGCAUCAGUCAUCUCUCAAGCAAAGCACCAUUCCCAAAUGAUCUUGCAGAGAUCCAGUCUACCUUACUGAUCCUUCAGUAUGCACUCAUCAAUCCCAAGUAUGCAAACGUCUGGGUCCUCAGCGGGGUGGUGAUGAGAUCUUGUCUCGAUCUUGGUCUUCACCGUGAAGUCUUGAGAGAAGUUGGACUCGAUUCCUUGACUAUCGAUAUAAGGAGACAGGUUUUCUGGGUAGCUUAUUGCAUGGAUAGGUCCAUUUGCUCAGCCUUGCAACGACCACUGUCAAUUCCAGAUCCAACAAUCAACACUUUGUUCCCCGCACUACCUCUCAGCCAGAACGGCGAACAUCGACCCGAUCCAGGCAAAGCAUUAGCACUCAGACAGAUUCAAUUUUCCAAAUUGCAAUCCACCAUCAUCGAGGUCCACUUUCAAGGAAAGCAAUUGGAUCAAGGUCAGACAUGGGACGACUGGUUGGCUACAACUGACCAGAGCCUUCGGGAUUGGUACGAGGUUCUUCCUCCAGAUGAAGAUCCAGUAUGGUCCGAACUUGCUUUCUCGCAGGGCCUUACGAAUCUUUACCGUCCUUCUCCUCGGAUGCCUUUCCCAUCACGAAAAAGCUUGAUGGUUGCAUUCGAGGCAGCUUGUGGCUCGGCUCAUAUUUAUCAACAGCACAUCACUUCAGGCUUCUUCCGACGACCUUGGCUGGCAGCACACAAUACUUUCUCAUCCGCUAUGGUAACAUUGUUCUGUCUGCGAUACGGGUAUGAACCAAUAUGUGAGCGAUGGAAUGCAGGAGAGAUAUUUCAGAUGACAAAACUGUUCACCUCGAAUCUUUUGACUUUGUCUUCUCAAGGUUGGGGAGAGAUCUCUAAAUAUGCUGGAACAUACGAGCGACUGCUUGGUCCGUUGCUAGACUCUGUCUUCACGAAGAAUUCCUCGCCUUCAAAGUCCUUUGGUCCUGCACAAGAUGCUGAGUUGGCGAGAUUGAUAUAUCCAGGUCCUGCACAUCUUGAGAAAUUGCGAUUUGGUAAUGCUCGCCUGGCUUUAGAGGACGACUUUCAGGGUUUUGAUGCUGCUAUGUUCAAUUGGGAGGAUCUUCCGAAUACUCUACUUGGGUGGGACAGUGAUAUUCGGUAUGAUUAUGUGAUGGAUCAUGGGCCGUAGUUUGAAUCCUCUACGGAGAGUGUGUAAAUAGAAUGCAGCACGGAC